GUGCCGAGUAUGAACUAUUCUUAUAAACAUUGUUAUACAGAGGAUUUAAGGACUAAUUAUCAUGACUAGAUCAACCAGGCUCUAAUUGACUAAAAUCUACUUCUAAACUAUUUAUUAGAGGUUUAAUUAGGAUGAGAGUGUCUAGUCUCUUUCACCCAGACUCUAGUUGACUCUAGAUCUAAACUCUUACUGAGAGAAUAUAACAGAAUAAUGGUUGUGAUGUCGUUUAAGGCCUCGCUCAACGAGUCUAGUUGAAUUGAACCUAAAGCUUUUACGGAGCGAAUCUGAAGGAUUAACUUGACAGCAAUGUAUAGACUCUUUCAUCCAGACUCUAGUUAAGUAAAUUCGAAAACUUUUACGAAGAGAAUAUGAAUGUUUUAUUACGAAUAAAAUCCUAGCCUUGUUCACCAAGACUCUAGUUGACUAAACUCUACAUCUCAACUUUGAUGGGGCGAAUAUUAAGGAUUAAUUGUGAUAAGGAUGUCUAGCCUCGUUCAACUAGACACUAAUGGACUAAAGUGUGUGAUUAUCUAUAGAAGUGUAAUUAAAGAGAAGGUUCAACUGUUCAUAUUUAAAUCGUAUUGAAACGAUAAUUAUCUUUUCAGCGGUAUCGUUGUCAUUAAAUACGAUUGAAAUAUUACUCAUUAAAUACGAUCGGAAGAAAUAUUCAUAAUUUGGAAUAUUCAUCAUUAAAUUAAUACGAUCGGAGUAUUAAAUACGAUUGGAUAGUUACCCAUGGAAACACAGACACGAGUCCAAAAAAUACAACAAACUUUCAACAAUAUGGCUUCCAGGAAAUAUACUAAACAUUGUGUCGUCAUCCUCACUAUGUGUUACGUCAUAUAUUUCUACCAGUAUCAUUUAUUAACGUCAGAGAUCAGUUGCCCCCGUCUAAAGGAGGACAUCAAACAGUAUGAAAUAUUGACAGAUGAAGAACUUCGGCCAUUCUAUCAUCAUUUAAUUCAUAAUGCCAGCUCAAAAAUAACUUUUAAUUCUGAUACAGAACGAACAGAUUUCAAGAUGAAUUUGUUUCGUGAUCCAAGAUGGCGUAGUAGGAAGCCGCGGUUAAAGGUUCUAUUGUUGUCGUAUAUGAAUUCUGGGUCCACAUAUAUUGGUGACGUCAUCCGCCGUAAUCGUGACGUUUUCUACGUUCAUCACCCUCUGUUGGUGCUGCAAACGUUCAUCAAUGAAAACAAAGGCCGACUGAUGUUUUUAUACGAAAGAUUAGAAGUUUUAAAGAAACAUGAACUCAAGCUUGAGAAACGAGACAAUUUUACUCUGGAGGCCAACCGAACAAUGAAACAACUAGCGGAGGAAACGAUAGCAAACUUCCUCAACUGCAACUUCACAGCUCUUGAUUUCGCCAGCUUGUCAAACCUUCCUAGGAUCAAAGAUUCACAAACCACAAAGUUUCUUCAGUGUAUUAACGAAGGCAGCCUCGUGUCUUAUAUAAAGUGUCUUCAUUUGCUGUAUGAACUUUGCAACAAGACUAAUGUAAAUGUGGUGAAUUCGGUCCAGUUUCCAUUGGCGGUUGCCGAGUGGAUGAUGCAGGAGGACCCGAGUCUGAUGGUGGUGCAUCUGGUUCGAGAUCCAAGGGCGACUCUCUGGACACAGUUCAAUUAUGGCGUCUUUGACUGGAGUCUGAAAUUAUCCAAGAAAUCGCGUGGCUUCUGUAAACUAAUGAGACUUGACUUGCUGGCAGCGAAGGCAAUAUCACAGCGAUUCCCUAAUCGCCUACUUCUGAUCAGAUAUGAGGAUUUGCUUGACCAACCCGAAGAGACCUUUCAAUCUAUAUUCGCUUUUCUUCAGAUGAAUUAUACAUCUGAGAUACAGAGUUACAUCAAACAGACGGAAGUGGAUACGGAAUGCUGGGAUUGUAUUGAGAAAGACAACAAUGCCUGGAGAACUAUUAUGCCAUUUGAAGGCGCUAAAAUGAUCGAUUUUGAAUGUGAACUAGUGUAUAAAAUUUUGGGCUAUAUCCCAAUCAAGAACAAAGCAUACUUACGUAAUACUGACUUUAAAUUAGAAAUAAAAGAUACCUUAAUGUAAAGUCCAAUUAUUAACUUCUUAU